AUGGAACGAAGUGUUAAGAUACACUUAUUUAUUAAAAUUUCUGAGUUUAUCCUUAUAACGUGGAUAUGCCAUUUUAUGAAUCAUGUGUGUAUUCUUAAGAAAAAUAUGGAAAAUAACUGCACGUUUAAUAGAAUAUUAAAUACAAGAACAUAUAGAAUACUUUCAGAAACUAAACAAGAUAGAUAUUCAUAUAUUGUAAGGUUAAAGGAAAAAACACAAAAUAAUGAUAUACGGAAAGAAGAAGAUAUAUUUAUUAAUGGAAAGAAGGCUCCAGAAAAACGAAAGCAAUUAAAUGGAAGUUCACAAAAAAAUGACAGAUGCAAUAAGCAAGUUAUGAAAAAUAAAUCCUAUAUAUAUGAAACAAAAAAAUAUUCUCAUCUUGAAAAAAAAAUAUUCAAAGAACUGGAUUAUAUAGAUUUUCUUAAAAAUAACAGGAUAAUUAAUGAUAAAACUUACAAAGAAAUAAUACGUAAAAAAUUUGCCUUACGAAUUUUUUUACCAAUAAUAAUAUUAUUAUUAUUGUCAUUGUCACUCAUAUUAGAUUAUUCUGGUUCAUUUGGACUUAGGAAGUUGUUGUUUAAGGUGUUGAAAAUUGCUUCAGAAAAGUGGUAUUCCAAAUUACAAGAUUUUCUAAAGAAUUCACCUGUAGGUGCCUUUUUUAAGUUAGUGCAAAGAGAAGAAUUUAAAGAAAUAAAGAAAGCUGGAACGUCCAGUAUGAAGAAGGUAAAGGUAGUAUAUGUAGAUUGGGUAAGAGGUUUUAUGGGAUUUUUAAUAUAUUGCAUACCUUUCCUUAUUUUAGGUGUUACAAUUAUAUCGGCGGUUUUUUUCUACCAUAAAAAAGUUAAGAAAUAUGAAAAAAUUAAGUACAGAAAAAGGUAA